AUUCUAACCUCAAAAAAAUCAAAACAAAUACAUUUCCUGGAUUCCUGAUUUUAUUUUAAAAAGUACUAAUAACUAAAUAAGUAUGGAUGAAUUAGAUUUGCACCCUGCAAUAGCUGUAAAGGAGCCUCUCGAUUUGGUGCGGCUCAGCCUUGACGAGAAAAUUUACGUUAAAAUGAGAAACGAUCGCGAAUUAAGGGGACGCUUGCACGCCUAUGAUCAGCACAUGAACAUGAUCCUGAGCGACGUCGAGGAAACCAUCACAAUGGUGGAAAUUGACGAGGAAACUUACGAGGAAGUUUACCGUACCACCAAAAGAAACAUUGCAAUGCUUUUUGUUAGAGGGGAUGGCGUAAUUCUUGUUUCGCCUCCUAUAAGAACCUCAUAAACUAGAAUUUAAUUAUUUCUUAAUAAAUCUCAUCCAA